GGCACUUCUGUUAUAACACACUGUUUUGCUUCAACACAUAACAGUUUGGUUGCAGUUGAAGCCCUUCAGUAGUUUGUCCCUUUUUUUGUGGAUAUCAUUGUGGCAAGAAGAAGCUGACACCAGUGCAUCAGGAUUAUGUGCCUAUUCUAACAUGAGGUCCUAGUCAUUGUACAGCCCAUAAAGGUAGGUUAUACGGUUGUGUAAGAAGUGACCACAUCAAAAUUGGGGGUUAUUGCAGUAGAAACCAAUAGGAUGAUCCUGAUGAUCGAACCAUUUUACUUUUGAAGACUCCAAAUGCUUUCUUUCUCCAUAUGUGUCAGCUUACAAGUCAGUAUUUAGAUCUAAAAACAUUUGUAUGAUGAAAGUGGUUCUGUUCAGAUGCAAGAAGAUGAGUGUCAUGGAUAUAAAAAAGAUCUUCUCCUUAUUGAAACCCAAAGAAGAAGAAGACAAGCUUGCAGAAGCCCGAGAGCUGCAUUUGGCUGUGGUUAUGGACAAUCCAGAAUAUCUUCAGUCUCUCCUUUCAGAAAAUUUGUACAAAGAACUAAUCAAUAGUGGGAGUGGUUGGGGUAUUCCAGUGACUCCUCUCCGUCUUGCUGCAUCUAAGGGUUCUCUGGAGUGUCUCAAGAUCCUGUUAGCUUAUGGAGCAGAAGUGGACAUCCUUGAUGUGAAAGCACAGACUCCACUGUUCACUGCUGUCAGUGCUGGACAUUUUGAUUGUGUUAGGGAAUUACUGAAAGCUGGAGCCAACCCUUGUGGGAGUAUUUACAAUAACUGCUCACCUGUCCUAACAGCCGCAAGGGAUGGUAAAACCAACAUUCUCAGGGAGCUUUUGGAAUAUGGUGCAGAUGUCAAUGUCAGAUCAAAGUUGCCAGACUGGGCUACUAAUAUUACAACCUCCACUGGACCCUUAUACCUUUCAGCUGUUUAUGGCCACUUAGAGUGUUUCAGGACUCUUCUUCUGUAUGGAGCCAAUCCAGACUAUAACUGUAUAGACCAAAAACUUCUUCAACGAAUCAAACAACCGAAAUCUGUGCUAGAAACCUGCCUGAAACAUGGAUGUAGGACAGCUUUUGUGAAAUUACUUAUUGAUUUUGGUGCGAAUGUGUACCUACCUGACCUUCACACUAAUUCAUCGUUCCCUAAUCAUGAGGCAAUUGAACUUCUCUUGAGUGAAAGAGUGCACCCCAAGACCUUGAUGUCACAGUGUCGAUUGGUCAUCAGGAAGCUGCUAAGAGAAGCAGGCCACACAUGCCUUAUUGACCAUCUGGAGGUCCCCCAGACAGUGCUAAGAUAUUUGAACCACCAAACUGGAGAGACAUGAAGAAUUCCAAAAAACAGGGAACCUUGGGAGACCACCCCCUCCCCUCCUUUCAUGUAACAGUUACUAGGACUGGACAAAAGAAGCUCUGAUUGAAUGAGAAGGUUUAAUUGUUUUUUUUUAUGGGCUGCCUUUUAAUGAUAAUGAAAAGCUUGCUGUACUUGCUUGGUUAUAAUGCCACUUUGUGCAUAUUUUAACCAAGUCACAUCUGACAAAUGGAGAA